CUUCGAGCAUUUAAGGUCGGACCGGCGGUCCUGGUGGCGGCGACGCGACCACAGGCGGCAUGCUCACGUUCCAUGGCUGAGUACUUUAGCACGGCGCCGCUUCAUUCAUUGGAGUCGCAAGUAGAGGCUACCGCCGCGGGAUACCACGAGGGAGUCGACAUCGUGGACUCACAAACGCAGGCACUUUCGCACAUUGACGGCGAAGUCGAAUCGUACUCCGAGCGCGUCCAUGUUGUGUCUCAGCUGCAGCGCCAAGGAUACUCGGCUGUGCAGGCGCAGGGACUUGUCGACGCGAUGAAGUUGGCCUUCAGUGAUUCCAUCGACGUCCAAGUCGCGGUGGUGACGACGAAGGCGGAGCACAUGGCCCUCAAGUCAGAGAUUCUCGAGCACGUGUUCAACUCGACGCUUAAGUUUGACAUUGCCCAGCGCAACAUGCGGGAUUUCCUAGAGCACGACUUUGUGACGUUGAAGCAAGACAUUCACAUGAUGGAAAAGCUCGACUUUGAAGCCGUGCGGAAUGAAAUCGCCCAAGUGGAAGCCAAAUUCAAAGGGCAAAAGGACGCCAGCGACGACAUGUUUGCCAACUUGGUCAAAUCCAAUGCCAGGCUGGAGAAGCGAGUGCUGAAUUACGUCAUGGCGUUUGGAUCGACCAUUGCCAUCAUCCUGGGCGUCCUCGGCUCCAUCAUCGAAAAGCACUAACGGCAUGAAUAUAUAUAUCUCCCGUUUCAAACUAAUAAUAUAUGGAAAUUCCCAGUAGUGUUAGUCUUCCACCACAGUGGUCACGCUGUUGGUGCGGCCUCGCGCUAGUGUGUUCCACACAGGUUCAUCACGUGUUGCGUCGUUGGCCUUGUCUGUUUUCACUGGCGG